CCCGCACCGCAGCGGGGACUCGCGAUGCCGCCCAUGGACAGGUUCGUGGUUAAACGCCCCGCCCGAGGGGCGGGGGGCGGCGGGGAGAAGAGGCCGCGGGCAGCGGAGCCCGCCCCGGGGCAGCCCCCCUGGCGGGAGAUCCGGGCGGAGGGGCUGUGCUGUGAUUACCGGCUCCUCUUCGGCAAGGCCGAGGCUGACGAGAUUUUCCAGCAGCUGGAAGAGGAGGUGAAGUACUUCGAAGGUGAAAUGACAAAAUUGCACGUGUUUGGCAAGUGGCAUGACAUUCCAAGGAAGCAGGUGACUUAUGGAGAGCCCGAGUUAACAUACACUUACUCGGGUGUUACCUUCUCUCCUAAGCCAUGGAUCCCAGUUCUCCUGCGGAUCAGAGACCGCGUCGCUUUGGAGACGGGACAUACUUUCAAUUUUGUUCUUAUUAACCGGUACAAGGAUGGUGAGGACCACAUAGGGGAGCAUCGAGACGACGAGAGAGAACUGGUUCCACACAGUCCUAUCGCAUCUGUGUCCUUCGGAGCUUGCAGGGACUUUGUUUUCAGGCACUGUGAUUCCAGAGGGAAGAAUGCCAGGCGCCACAUCGAGCCCAUCAAGCUGCAGCUGGCCCACGGCAGCCUGCUGAUGAUGAGGUACCCCACCAACCUGUACUGGUACCACAGCCUGCCCACCCGCAAGAGAGUGCUGGCCCCGAGGAUCAACCUCACCUUUCGGAAAGUGAGGACUGUAGCCAAGAAGUGAAGUGUUCAGCAAUCCAGCACCUGCUCUUUUGACUCUGAAAAUAGCAGCUUUCUUCCCUGACAUAACUCUGUUUCUUAUUCAAACACUGUCUCAGAUGAUCCAAGGGACCAGAUGAGCAAAUUAAACCAAGAGAGGAGAUAGUGUACUUGGUGACUUGCUAAUAAAGACUGCAACUGCUUUUUCUCCCUGAA